CGGCCAGGGAAGAACCCGGAUGUGCCUGGGUAGCCGUGUUGGCAGUGCGGGCUGUGAGGUGUGGGUGUUCUGGGGGUGCCUGCGAGGAUGGCGCAGGGUUGGGCUGGCUUCUCUGAGGAGGAGCUGAGGCGACUAAAGCAGACUAAAGAUCCAUUUGGACCACAGCGGCGUCUCCCUGUGAAGAAAAGUCGACAACAACUUCAUCGAGAAAAAGCGCUUCAGGAGCAAAGCCAAAAACUUGGACUUCAAGAUGGAUCAACUUCAUUACCUCCAGAGCAGCUGCUUUCUGCGCCAAAACAGAAAUUUAAUACUCAAAAACCACAUUCUCCCCCUACUCCUCCUAGUGCUCUUACACUCACCUCUCCUGUUGGGGAUGGAAAACCACAGGGUACUGAAAGUCAACCAGGGGAGCUGGGACUCGAGAAUUCCCUUGAUGGUCACAAAAAUGCUGAGGUUCUACCUCCAAAGCCAGAUUGCAAAUUGGAGAAAAAGAAAGUGGAAUUGCAAGAAAAGUCUCGUUGGGAAGUUCUUCAACAAGAACAACGGCUAAUGGAAGAGAAAAAUAAACGUAAGAAAGCUCUUUUGGCUAAAGCUAUUGCAGAAAGAUCUAAAAGAACUCAGGCAGAGACCAUGAAACUAAAGCGGAUCCAGAAGGAGUUGCAGGCUUUAGAUGACAUGGUGUCAGCUGACAUUGGCAUCCUCAGGAACCGGAUUGAUCAGGCCAGCCUCGACUAUUCAUACGCUCAGAAACGGUUUGACAGGGCUGAAGCCGAGUAUGUUACAGCAAAGCUUGAUCUACAGCGUAAGACUGAGAUUAAAGAGCAACUCACUGAACACCUUUGUACGAUCAUACAGCAAAAUGAGCUCCGCAAGGCCAAGAAGUUGGAGGAGUUGAUGCAACAACUAGACGUACAAGCUGAUGAGGAGACUUUGGAGCUUGAGGUGGAGGUGGAGAAAUUGCUGCACGAACAAGAAGCAGAAGCAAGGAAACAAAUGGUUCAUUUAGAGAGGCCACUUCAGUCUUCUGGGGAAAGUGUGACAUUAGGAUUUGCUAAAGAGAACAAAAAGCGUCCAGAACAAGCUGCUUCCCCAAAGGUAGAUGAACAAUGUGAAAAGUCCAAUAGCAUUCCCGUUCUUAAUCCAGACUGCCCAAAUCAAGAAGUUGAAACUACUGUAAAUGACGUUUCAGCUGCUCUGACCACGUGACGUGCCAGUGUUUGUUCUUUUCAACUAAUAAGGUAUUCGGUAAAGUAAACUUUCUGUUGUAGAUUAUGCCAUGACCUCUGAUGAUAAAUGCCUCUUUAAAACA